AUGGCCGAGCAAGAUGUGGAGGCUCCCGAUCCCGAGGCGAACGAGCCGCAGGGACCCCAGGCCUGGCAGGUGCCCUACUACGAGCUGGCCAAUGAGCUGUGGCACCGCGAGAUGGAGAACUGGCCCGGCAAAGCCCUCGACGCCAACGGCCACCUUCAAGCCUUCAAGGAGGCCGACGGCGAAGACAAAAGCCAGGCACCCACCACCACCACCACCACCGUCGGCAAAAAGAAACCUAAGCAGGAGCGGAAGCUAGACAACGGCGAGUGCCAGCUGAUCGGCGACUUUGUGAAUCCGUGGGACCAGCGGACGUGGCGUGUCCUGGGAAUGCGCAUCAAGCGCCUCGGCGACGGCCUUUACACAGAAUACGACGUCAUCCGUAUGCCCCACAACUUUAAGAACCUGGCCGGCGAGACGGUGGAGGAGCCGGCCACCCAUGAGAGGGUUGAACACGUUCUGCGCCUGUGCCGGGAGGACGACAAGGCUAUUCAUGAUCGCUUCUACCACGAGGCGAAGGUGAUGAUGGAAAUGCGUGAGCGUUAUCACAACUACCGGCAGUCGCGCCACUUCCCGGCCGUGAUGGGCAUGGGCCGCUUCCAGGAGACGUGCUGGCGCGGUUCCGACCGCUGGGCCCAGCGCUUUGUGACCGUGCAGAUGGACGUGCCCCGGCCGUGGUUCAUCAUGGAGCGGCUCGACCCGACGCUCGACCACGUGAUCAAGGCCCACCCGAACAACCUGGUGUCGCUGGCCACCGCCUGCUACAUGACCAUCGGCAUGCUGAAAGCGCUUCGCCUACUGCACGAGGCCGGCUAUUGUCACCGCCGCGUCAGCCCGCAGGCCUUCGGACUGCGUCUUCCGCUCCAUCAAAUGCUCAAUCGCAACGAGGCCGAGCUGUCGAACUACGUGGUGCUGACCGAUCUCGGCGUGGCCAGGAAGUACCAGGAAUUGCCGCCUCGCCGCUUGCCGCCCUUCACCGGCACGAUCAAAUACAGCUCCCCAAACGCCAUGGAGAUGAACGAGCAGACGGCGGUGGAUGAUGUCAUCUCGGUGUUCUACAUCCUGCGCCAGAUGGUCACCACCACGCUGCCCUGGGUCAACCAGUUGAACCUCACGCACACGCGGGAUGAGGUCAUCAAGCUGAAGCGCAUGUCGCACGCCGACCAGACGCUGCAGCGCGAGCUGACCAACGAGGACCGCGCCCGUCAGGCCUUCAUCAAAGAAGAGGCGCCGCCGGAGGAGGACAGCGGCAAGGAAAGUGAAAAGGACAAGAAAAAGGCCAAUCGUCGCGGGCCCGAGAAGCUGGAGCCGUACAACCGGCUGUUCGAGCUGCUCACCCCCUGCAAUGGAUUGUUCAUCCUGCCCCCGUACGAGGCGCUGAUCUGCCUGCUGCGCCAGAUGACCGACCGGGGCAACUUUGAGUUCACCGUGUUUGGCAUCCAAAAGACCAUCGACAAGCAGCGCCUCAAGCUGCUCCACCACCAGAAGGACAAGAUGGCCCAUGGCGGGGCGAAGAACAGCAAGACCCCAGCGGGCAAG